CUGGACUGAGAUGAGAGCGCAUUAAACAUGGAUGGCGGUGGCCUCUCUCAGCCACCCGCAGCGCUAAUCUCCACCCCAUGCUGACAGUAUUCUAAAGUGGAAACCUCACUGGAGGCAGGACAAAGAGCAAUGACUUUACAGACAUCAUGACACAAACAUGCUACACAUGCUAUAGGAAAACUUGCUGUAACACAGUGUUAGUCUACAGUGCUCUGCUCUGAACUUCUGCCAAUAAUGAUAUUCCUGCUGUGCUGCCACAGAAGCUGUCAGACCCCGAGACACCCACAUGCUUUAUCUGCUGAGACGUCUCUCUCAUUGUCAGCUGCAGCAUAAACCCUCGCUACCUCUCCCCACCCUAAUCCCUAUUAGCACACUGCUCAAAUCUGAUUACAUCUCUGCAAGAAAUAAGAAACACCCCCAGCCAUCUGCCUACUGACACUCACACACAUGUGGACAAGACAUACCGCGCUCUUCCACGCUCUUCAUUUGGUCUGAGAGAACAAGAAAACUUAAAUACAACAAAAUACGACCCAUAUGUGCCGUAUGGAUGGAUAAUAUGGAGAAAGGAGUCAGAAGACAGAAGUGUGCCUAAAAAAGGCCUUAAUGGUCAUAAGUCAUGGGAUACUGAUGAUACCGAAGAUGAAUUAUUCUUCAUAUUUUAUAUUACAAACAUCACCAGACUUUAAUUUGGAAGAUUUGGAAGAGACAUUGGGGACAGAGAUGUAAAUCCAGGUUAAUAUAUAUAUUUUUUUAACAUAAUCUGAGCAGAGAUAAAGCCAGUCCUCAGUGCUUAAACUCAUUCAUGGCUAUUACGUCUAAAACUUUCCCAGUUUCCCACUUUUUUGCCUCGUUCAAAUUGCUGAUUAAACGUGAGCAAAGAUUAAGUAAAUUAACUGUGAUGCCGACCAGCCAAAAAUAGCCACGUGAGUGUCGCUGAUAAGCUUUUCAGUUGGAUGGACUACGGGCUCUCCGCUCGCACACCGGGAUCACCUAGCUGAAAAUGUGAAAAAAGUGGAUCCAAUUUACCAUGAGUGCCACUCCCCAUAAUGACACGCUACAGCCAGGGAUGUUUUCGGAGAGCGCACUCUCUCCGGCCUCCAGACGCUCAGUCCCCUCCAGAGACCCCAGCAGCUCCAAAAGAGUGUGUUUCUACAAGAGCGGCGACCCCCAGUUCUCUGGGCACCGGGUAGUCAUCAACAGUCGCACCUUCAAGACUUUUGACGCCCUGCUGGACGCCCUUUCCAAAAAAGUGCCUCUACCGUUCGGAGUUCGCACCAUCACAACACCCAAGGGUACACACACCGUGCAGAGCUUAGAUGACCUACGGGAUGGGGCCUCCUAUGUGUGUUCAGACCAAAAGAAGGUCAAACCUCUCAACCUGGAGGAGGUUAACCGGAGACAGGUGCCCUGGAACACGACCAGGCCCACCAGUGCAGGGCGGCAUGGGCGCAGGGGCCUGAUUCGGCAGCUAAUGAAGAAGAAUGAAGUGAGGAGAGCAGCUAAAGCGGUUGAUAGAUUUGUAGCAGUCUGGACUCCGAAAAAGCUGGUGGUUUAUAAAAACAGGGAUCCCAGCACUAAGAGAACUAUUGUCUUGCAAAGAAGGACUGCACCGACUUUUGAGGCUCUGUUGGAUUACCUUUCUCAGGUGUUGCAGUUCACAGUUGUAAAGUUAUACACAGAGGAUGGCAGACGAGUUGACGGUCUACCUGCGCUGAUCAUGUGCUCUGGAAUAGUGGUGGCAGCUGGUAACGAGCCCUUCUGGAUGGGUAACUACAAUCUCCAAGGAUCAUCACAGCUCACCCAGUCAGACGUAUCUGAAUCUAUAGAACCAGCUAAUACACAAGCUUUGCCAACUAAGAAGAAGACACCUAGCAGCAGAUCAAGAUCAAGAAAUUUCUCCUUGUCAUCAGAAAAAUAUUUUGUAGAACAGAUCAAUAAAUCUCUGAAUGGAAGUCUGAUGUCUGGGGACGAUGGCCAAAAGACAGGAUCAAUGGACACUGACAACAACCAAUCACCAGAAUCAGAGGGGGUGGGGGCAAGUGACUGUGUUGCUGAUAUAAAGGAAAAGGGACACUUCACCAUGCCUUCAGAGGAUGACAUAGAGAAAUCCUUUUGUGUGAAUCAGGACGGCAGCAUGACAGUGGAGAUGAAGGUGCGCCUUACUAUAAAGCACGAGGAGAUGAUUCACUGGACCACCACGCUGAGUCGGACCUGUACUGACAGCCAACAGAGGGCAGUGUGCUCUCAAACAGGCAGCAACUGCCCAGAAAAUAAUCACUACCUUGCAAAAGAAGCAAAGAGCGACAACUGUGAGUCCAGCGAAGAGAACACCAGUGCAAAGAAAUCAGUGGGAAUAAACAAGGCAGGAGGGGACCACUGUGGAAGUGCCACCUCUGAAGCCUUGGAUAAGCCAAAACCAGCUCUCAGAAGGCUGCCCACCCCAGGACCCAGACGUGUCAGGAGAAAAGAAGCUUCAGUGGAGAAUAUAAAGAUGGUGUCCCAACACGAGGUGCAGGAGAGCACAGUAGGUGCAUACUCAUAUAUGGAGCGCACAGCCGACGGAGAACUAACUGAAGGGUACUGUGUGGUCAGUCGUAGUAGCUCCAGCAGUACAAGGCCUGUACCAAAGCCCAGAAAGAGCAGCUCAGGAGAAGCCAAACAUAAAAAGACUAGUUCCUCAGUCAGGUCCUCGAGGACGGCUGAGGUCCUUCAACUUCAAAACAAUGGGACACAGAUUACAGAGACCGUAAUGCAUAUUUACGAGUCUCAGGGUAUGUGUGAAAACUAUUUUGCCAACACUCAAGUUUCUGCUGAGAAAAGUUUAGAGUUCAGAGCUUCCGCCAGAGAAGCCCGCAAACCUGACUCUUCAGAUUCAGGGCCUCGAUCUUCCAGCAAUGACUGUGACGUUGAUAUCACCAGACAGUCCACAAGCUCUGAUUCUCAGAAUGCAAAAAUGAAAAAUGAACUGCUGUCCUUAUCAUCCGAUCAAUCAAGUCCCUCACAAAAGAUAAAGAACAAUCUGAACUCACGUACAAACAGCGAAAGGCGAACCAGGUCCAGAUCUUCACACAAGGGACUGGAGGCUCAUGAGGCAUGCACUAAAGACAAUCCUGAAGUGAAAAGUCCUGAAAGUAGAAAGGCAGGGAUCACCCCAAAAUCAGUAAAAUCAAAAGAAGGUACAUCUUCUGAUACCUCCGUAUCUGACAAAAAGCAAAAAGGCGGCAGUGUUCCUGGUUCCUUAAAAGACUUAAGGAAGAGUAAAUCUCCAGGGUCCCAAAGCCAUACAGGGUCAGAGAAGAAAACAUUUAGCUCAGCAGAAAGUGAGAAAAUGGGACAGAACGUGAAAAAGAAAAUGAAAGAAAAACAAUUGCCAAGAUCCAACUUAGGUAGUCAAAACGGAUCGUCUGAGACACUUCAAAAUCUAGACAAUGCAGGAUCCCAGAAAUCACUUAAGAAUGUUAAUAAAUAUGAUAGUGUCACAACAAGGGACUCUUUAAAAUCCCCCAUUAAGAAAAAGCAUUUAGAGGUUCUUCAACCAUCCCAUUUGGCACCGGCAAGGAUGCUGACAAAGCCAAAAUCUAUGCAUGAGUGCAGAAGAAAAUCUUCUGAAAAAAGCAAGGAGUUCACAGAAAGCUCUUCCAUGCCUGUGCUCUGUUCCUCUCCAACCAAUGUCCAUCAGUAUGUGGAAAACUGGCUGAAAAAGAUUCAGCCCGAAUCAUUACCCUACCUGGAUGAGAUGGACCCUCCUGAGGCUGAAACUGAAGCCAAACCCAAGUUCUGGAUUGGAAGUGGUUCUGCAGAAAGCUCUGAGAUAAGAAGCGAACCAGAGCAGGACAGUGUGGUGAAAGAUUGUGCUUCUCUUGAAGAUGCUACAACUGAGACGCCUGUGCCUCAUACACCAGUGCAGAUCAGGUGCGAAGGAGAUCCUGUGGAGGCACAGAGGAUAAGAGGAUUCUGCAAAUCAAUGCCCAGUGUGAGAAUACAUCCUGCUGAGCAGGAAACUCAAAUUAGAAUGAAUAAGUCUUCACAGGCCCUGGUUAACAUUCAGCCUGAUGCAGAAGGAGAGACGUCAGAGAGUUCAAAAGUAAGCGUUAGAUCAGGUGUGAAACCUGUUCUGCAACAGCUAUGUUUGUCCAUUCAAUCUAUCAGAAGGACUUCAAGCCAUUCGAACAUAACCACCUUAGAUAAGGAGAAGUCUAGUAGCCUUCCCGACUUCUCGUCUCAGGUUUCCUCUGUUUUUGGUGCUCCAUCUAAAGCUCUUCUCUCCUUUCUGUCAUUGAUGACUCUGAAAGAUGGCGUCUCCAGCCCUGGCAACGAAGACCGACUCAGUAACUCAGGCAGCUAUCCAGAGGCUCUGCAAGUCAUGCAGUCCUUAGAAAAAAUAUCCAACAUAGACGAUGAGGAAGAGCUCAAGGCCAGCCUGACAAGUCUCCAAAGCUCGACCUCAUCCAAGUUAAAGAAGAGCUGGAGAGAUUUCCAAGAGAGAAACGACACAGAGGGAAGCCCACCACUGUCACCCAAAUUUUCAGAGCAAGAAUUUGCUCUGGAAGUGGAUUCUGAAGGAGAGGAUCAUGACAAAGAGCACAAUUUUGGCAUACAGGAGUUAAUGGAUGAGCUUGACAUGUCUGAAGACCUCCGAAAAGAGAUUUCCUCUCUUGUUGAUGGGGAGCAGACAAGUUCAGAUCAGGAAAAAACAGCAAAAAAGCAUUCUAAUAAUGAAAACACUGAUGUUGUUUCUGAGAAUGAGGAUGCUACUACGAAAGAUGAUUUCCUAGAAGGAGAGGCAGCCUGUUCAGAGGAGAAAGCAAGCCAAGAUGACAUCACAGGAGUCAAGGAAGAUGCAGAAGAAUUGCACAGAGUGGAAUCCUGUCCUCCAGAAGCAGCAGAUCCAAGUAAUGAUCUUGUUAAGGAAGAAUCAGAAGUUGUGGAAGAUGUCCAAACUGCAGAAAACGAGACAUUUCAAACUGAUCCAUUGAUUGAUGAACUAAACAUGGAAGACAAUGUCCCAACAACUGAGGAAAAGGACACAGAGGCUAUAACAUGCCAAGAUAAUGAGCCCAUCCAAAACAACAGUGAAGAGGAGAAGAAAGAGGAAGAAAAUGAAGAGGAUGCUGAACUCCUUGCUUACACUUCAGUAACAGAAGGAGCAGAUGAAGUAGUCUCAGAGCACCAUUCAGAAGUGAAUAUUGGUGAAGACUGUGAGACUGAAAAAAAUGAAGAUGAAUCGGUAGAUGGAGAUAUUAGAAAAACAGACUUGGAUGAAAAAAGCAUGAAUGCAGCAAUGUCAGAGGCUGAACACAGUGAGCACAGUAAUAGGGAAGAAUGUGAGAUGGAUGAAAACCAAGAAGCAAAACACCAGACCAGUAAUUUUGUCCCAGAAGGUGAUUCUCUGCUAAAUGAAGAAGUUAAUAUGUCCAAUGACGAGGAACAGAAUAAUGAUAUGUUGAAAAGUGAGGAUGCUGAAACCCAGCACCAAGAGCCAAGUCCAGUAAACGGUAUCUCUGUAUGCGAGUCUCAUAACAGCAAUGACUCAGAGGUUGGAAAUGAGAAGCUGACACUGGAAUCACCUAGCAAUGAACAUAAUCAUGAUGUUACUAUUGGUGAAGAAACAGAGAAUACAACGGAUUUGCAUGAUGCAUUGGAGUGUAGUGCAGAUGAUACAGAUCAAGACAUUGACCACAAUAGCCCUUUGGAAGAUGAGCCUGAUAGAGACAAUGAAGAUAUAAUAUCUAAAGCAUCAGAAUGUGAAGCUGACAAUGCUGAAUCACACCAUUCGUCAAUCUCGGGUCAAGAGGGUGGGCACUCUGACAAGAACGAAAAAGGGUCUUACAAAUCCCAAGAAUCAGAAAGUGAACAGAAUGAUUUCCGGACAUUCGAGGAGGAACGUGAUAUUGAGAAACAGGUGAGUUCUGCUGAAGAGAAAUGUGUAGAAUCAGAUGAGCAUGAGGAUGAACAAACCAAUGCUUUAGGUUCUGAAAACGAUGCUGAUUCAGAGCUAGAGUCAAACAAUCCUGCAUUGUCAGAUAUGGAGGGUGAACAUCCUGACCAGAAAGAGAGGUCUUGCAAAUCUCAAGAAUCUGAAGUUGAACAUAACCCUCAAAUGUCAGAAGAAGAGAGAUUUUCUGAGAAACGGACUAGUUCUCCCAGAGAGAAAGGCGAAGUAGAAGCUCAACAUUGCAAUGCUUUAGAUUCUGAGGAAGAUAAUGGAGAUCAGUCAGAUCAAGACCAGCCACAGUCUUGCAGAUCCAAAGAAUCAGAAGUCGACCAUGAUCUCCAAGCAUCAGAGGAGGGGAAUGUCACUGAGGAGAAUGAAGAAGACAUAGAAGAGCAUGAAGACAAACUGAGCAUUGCUUUAGAUUCCAACAAAGACUUUGAUGCUGAACCAGAGGCAAGUGAUUCUGCAAUGUCAGAUCAGGAUGGAGAGCAGUCUGACCAAGACAAGGAACAGACUUGCAAAUCCCAAGAAUCAGUUGACCAUGAUCUCCAAACACCAGCGGAGGGGAGUGUAGAAGAAGUACAUAAGCCUGAGAAUGAAAUGUGUAAUGUUUCAGAUUCUGACAAAUAUUUUGAUGUGCAAACAGAGGAGAAAGACUCUGUGAUCUCAGAUGAAGAUGGGGAGCAAUCUGAACAAGACAAGGCACCGUCUUGCAAAUCCCAAGAAUCAGAAGUUGACCGUGAUUUUCAAACACCAGAGGAGGAUAAUGUUACUGAGGGGAACGAAGAAGAAAUAGAUGAGCCUAAGAAUGAACAGUGUACUGUUUCAGAUACUGACAAAGAAUGUAAUGCACAAACAGAGGAAAAAGACUCUGUGAUGUCAGAUGUAGAUGGGGAACACUCUGAUCAAGACAAGGCACAGUCUUGCAAAUGCCAAGAAUCAGAAGUUGACUAUGAGCUCCAGACAUUAGAGGAGGGUAAUGUCUCUGAGGGGAAUGAAGAAGAAGUAGACGAGCCUGAGAAUGAACAUUGUAAUGUUUCAGAUUCUGACAAAGAUUACAAUGCGCAAACAGAGGAAAAAGGCUCUGUGAUGUCAGAUGAGGAUGGGGAACAAUCUGAACAAGACAAGGCACAGUCUUGCAAAUCCCAAGAAUCAGAAGUUGACCAUGAGCAUCAGACAUUAGAGGAGGGUAAUGUCUCUGAGGAAAAUGAAGAUAUAGAUGUGGACGAGGACAAAAAUGCAGAAGACUUUGAUGUAGAAGCAGAGGUAAAUGAUUCUGAAGUGUCAGAUCAAGACAGGGAACAAUAUGACCAGGACAAGCCACGGUCUUGCAAAUCCCAAGAAUCAGAAAUAGAACAUGAAAGCCCAAGAGUAGAGCAGGGUAAUGAAGAAGUAGAAGAGCAUGAGGACAAAACGAGUAAUGUUUCAACUUCUGACAAAGACUUUGAAGCAGAACCAGAGGUAAAGUCUCCUGCAAUGUCAGAUCAAGAUGGGGAACCCUCUGACCCACAUCAAUCAGAAAUUGAAUGUGGCCUCCAGGAAUUGAAGAUGAGUAACUUUUCUGAGGAGAAUGUUGAAGAAAUAGGUGAGGCUGAGGUCAAAGAGUGUAAUGCUUUAGAUUCUUUAGAUUCUGACCAGGAUUUUGAAGCAGGAUUGGAUGCAAUGUCAGAUCAAGUUGGCGAUUACUCUGACCAAGACAAGGCACGGUCUUGCAAAUCAUACGAGUCCAGCGGUGAUGCAGAUAUAGAACCAGACUAUCCUGCAGUUUCAGAUCUGGUGGCAGAACUCUCUGAUCAAGACAAGACGAGACAAGAAUCUUUGAAAUCCCAGGAGUCUGGAGGUGAACUAAGACCACCUUCAAAAGUGCAAGAGACUAUUACUAAGACUACUUCUGAUGAAGAAAAAGAUGUUGAUGAUGAUGAUGAUGAUUAUGCAGAUGAACAUGUGGACAAACAGGACAAUGCGUUAGAUUCUGACAAGAGUAUAGAUGCUCAGUCUAACUAUUCUUACAGCCCUGACCCUAAAAUCAAGCACAUUGUAAAGCGAGAGCCAUACAAGUGUCAGGGGAGAGAAACACUUAUAGCUCAGUCCGAUUAUUUUGAGGGUGUGAGGGAGGCUGAUGUGGGUCAUGGCUUUUAUGGUGUGCCUCCUAUGGAGAUAUCUCAGGAGCUGCUGGACUUUGUCAAUUUAGCCCUAUUGUCCUCCGCUCUUACUUUUACAUAUGACUCAAAUGGUCAAAUGAGGAUAGAGCCAGACAACUGUAAAAUCACAGACAUUUGUGACAAUCAGUAUGUCCAGAGAUGUCUUCCCAGCCCCAACAUGUCUGACCUCUCUGAUUACCGGCCUGAGACAUCAGAAAGUGCUGGAGAUCGGUCACAGGUUUCCUCAGAUCUUUACACAGAGACUGGAGACGAGGAAGUAGAGAAGCUGUCCACCUUCCAAGGCAGCGUUAGGCAAAGCUCCAGGAACGUCAAGAGACGCGAUAAGACUCUGGAUAACGGUUUAACAAAAAACAGUUCAGGGACACACACAAAACAAGUAGCUAGCCCUAGUUUAAACAGCACCAACAGCUUUGCCUCUAUUCACAAUACCAUGGCUAAUGGUACCAUGCAGGAGCCAGCCUACUCAAACACCUCAGGCUCAUUAAACGAGGAUUCUGAGUGUGUACAACAUGUCGUUUUUCAUUCAGGAGGAGACACGAGCGAAGGAAUCCUGAUAGAUAAGGGCAGGUGGCUUCUAAAAGAAAACCAUCUCAUUCGUAAAUCUCCUCCUGUUCCGAUGGGAAUGUACGAAAACGCAGACACAACGUCAGUCGACACAGGUCAAGACAACACAAGUGAGGACGCCCUUUACCCUCUGUGUAGGAUCCAUCAUUCCCCAAUGGCUGUUAUAUCCUCUUCUGAGCUGGAGGAGAUGGCAAAGCCCCCUACACCCAAGUGUACAUACUUCAACAUGCCUCACAGCAGUGACUCUGACCCUUUCCAAGAAAGCCAGAGUGUUAACAGUAGCAGAGCAGGAGACUUUAGGAAAAGCAGGGAACUUAAAGUAUGUCCAAUGGGCGAGACCUCAAAAACAUUGGCAAAGAAAAACGGAAGCCUCCCCUCUUUCGCUUCUGUUGAGUUUAAACUUCCCGAUGGGAAAGUCCAUCCAGAGGGUGGCCUGCCACCUAGUGUUGUGGAGAAGACUGCGAGGUCGCAGAGCCUUAGCAGUAGGGCAGCUCAGGAAGUGGAGUCGGUGGAGGAACUGAAUCUCCGAUGUGGACGGCACUGUCCAAUAUUGUGAAUAUGAAUUAUAAAAGGGAAUGUAAACUAAUCUGUCAUUGCUAUUCUUCCUUUAGGAAUGUAAAUAAACUUGCUCAUUCUUUUGCAUAAGAGUUUCUUAAGAGUUCAUAUUCCACAUUGGUGCCUGUUUAAAAUCUUGGUUCUUGGAUUAUGGUAAAAAGUUAUUUUAAAAAUGUUAUAAAAAUGUAUAGCUAUGUGAUCUAUCAUGUUGUUUUCACAAAAUAUGAACUUUAUUGCACAACUGA